AUGUCUGAACCAGAAGGUUUCACCAAAGUCAGCGAGGACGCACACAGACUGUCGGAGCUUAUCAAUGCCAACCCCUAUGGCCCCAACCCUGCGGACUUCUUGUCAAACGUGUCGUCGUUUGAAGUGAUCGAGUCCACCUUGAGAGAAGGUGAACAGUUUGCCAAUGCCUUCUUCACUACAGAGAAGAAGAUCGAGAUCGCCAAGGCUUUGGACGAUUUUGGAGUAGACUACAUUGAAUUGACGUCGCCUGUGGCUUCCGAGCAGUCCAGAAAGGAUUGUGAAGCCAUCUGUAAGUUAGGGUUGAAGGCCAAGAUCUUGACCCAUAUCAGAUGUCACAUGGACGAUGCCAGAGUCGCUGUGGAGACCGGAGUUGACGGUGUUGAUGUGGUUAUCGGUACUUCCCAGUUCUUGAGACAGUACUCGCACGGCAAGGACAUGAACUACAUUGCCCAAUCUGCCGUGGAAGUGAUUGAAUUUGUCAAGUCCAAAGGCAUCGAGAUUCGUUUCUCCUCGGAAGAUUCGUUCCGUUCGGACUUGGUGGACUUGUUGAAUAUCUACAAGACCGUGGACAAGAUCGGAGUCAACAGAGUUGGUAUUGCAGACACUGUUGGAUGUGCCAACCCAAGACAGGUCUAUGAGUUGGUCAGAACAUUGAAGUCGGUGGUCAGAUGUGACAUCGAGUGCCAUUUUCAUAACGACACUGGAUGUGCCAUUGCCAACGCUUACACAGCGUUGGAGGGAGGUGCAAAAUUGAUCGAUGUUUCUGUUUUAGGUAUCGGAGAAAGAAACGGUAUCACUCCUUUGGGAGGCUUGAUGGCCAGAAUGAUUGCUGCUGAUAGAGACUACGUGUUGUCAAAGUACAAGUUGCACAAGUUGAGAGACUUGGAGAACUUGGUUGCUGAGGCAGUUCAGGUGAAUAUUCCAUUCAACAACCCGAUUACUGGUUUCUGUGCCUUCACCCAUAAGGCAGGUAUCCAUGCUAAGGCUAUUUUGGCCAACCCAUCCACUUAUGAGAUCUUGAGUCCUUCGGACUUCGGUUUGACCAGAUAUAUACACUUUGCCAACAGAUUGACCGGGUGGAAUGCCAUCAAAUCAAGAGUGGACCAAUUGAACUUGCACUUGACCGAUGUGCAGUGUAAGGAGGUAACUGAGAAGAUCAAGAAGUUAGGAGAUGUGAGAAAGUUGAACAUUGAUGAUGUGGAUUCGAUCAUCAAGGAUUUCCAUGCCGAUGUGACCACUCCACGCAUUGCCCCAGCUAAUGGCACUCCAGUGCCUGAUCUUGAGUUUGAAGUCAAGAGACAAAAGAUCUAA